GCCCUCUAGUUUAUUUUUAGCUGCAAAAAACCCCCGCCUUUUUUUUUCCUAGUCUUUUAGCAAAAAUGGAAACUCCUAUUUGUAGCGAAUUAAACGAUUUGGAUAGACCAUUUACAGAAGAAGAACUCCAACAAAUCGAUGCUGCCUUUGAAUCUGCUACAAAGAGACCCAACAAUUCUGGCGCAGGCCAUAAGUCUCGCCGGAAAAGUCGCCGGAGAUUGCCGGAAUCUCUUUUCGUUUAUAAUCAACAAAAUGAAGGUUCCAGUACUACGCCGUUGAAUCGUUGUACUAGAAAUCGUUCCAAUACUUCUAAUCAAGCAGCUAAAUUAGUGAUGCAAUACCCGGAAAUAACUUUUAAAGGACGUGUUAUAUAUAGCAGAACUACUAGAGAGGUGGAGAAAUCUGCAGUCGAGCUGUUUAAUUUUGUUGAGGAAAAGAAGAGGAAAGAAGGGCAUGUUGCUCUUGGAUUUGACAUUGAAUGGAAGCCCACUUUUAGAAGAGGUGCGCCAACCGGGAAGGCUGCUGUUAUGCAGAUAUGUGGUGACAAGGUUAAUUGCUAUGUUUUGCAUAUUAUCCACUCUGGAAUCCCUCAAACUCUGCAAUCUCUUCUUGAGGAUCCAACUGUUGUGAAGGUGGGUGUUGGCAUUGCAAAUGAUGCUUACAAGGUUUACCGAGAUCAUAAUGUCUUUGUAAAGACUUCGGAAGAUCUGUCUGAACUUGCCAACAAAAAGCUUGAUGAUCCCAAGAAGUGGGGUCUAGCAUCACUAACUGAGAAGCUUCUUGCCAAGCAGCUCCCUAAGCCAAGUAAUAUCAGGUUGGGGAAUUGGGAGGCUAACGUGUUGUCUACGGACCAACUGCAUUAUGCUGCUACAGAUGCCUUUGUUUCCUGGUACUUGUAUCAGGCACUGAAGAGCCUUCCGGAGAUUAUUGAUGAUAAAAAGUGAAGCUAAGGUUCCUUGGCCGGAGAAGGAUCUUGUUGCUGAGAAGAAAUGCAGCCUGAACUUCAUUAAUCUAAAGUAUGCUCUACUCGAGCUUUGGCAAUGGCAGCUACUCCAUCCAUUUCUACUAUGUAGUUAAGUUCCAUGUCUCACAUUGUUGUGCAAGUCCUUGUUAUUGAAUCAUAAUUGUAAAACCUCAUGAUAAGGUAAAGCGCUCCAGGUAAUUCUGCUGUUGUAAAAUA